AGCUUACUCAGCGUCGUCGGCAAAUUGUAUGCAAAGAUAUUGAUUGAAAGAGUAGUGAAAGAAACCGAUGAGAAAGUAUGGGAUGCACAAGCGGGAUUCCGAAAGGGUAUGGGAUGUACGGAUCAAGUCUUUUCCUUGCGAUGCAUAGCCGAAAAGUAUUUGGCCAAAGGUCAGAAGGUCUAUUGCGCUUUCGUGGAUUUGGAAAAGGCUUAUGACAGAGUGGUAAGGAAUGAACUUUGGUCGGUACUGUCGGUGUAUGGAUUGAGCGGCCGUCUCAUUCAGGCACUGAAAUCGCUCUAUGAGGAUUCCAGUGCUUGUGUGAGGGUAAACGGGUCGUACACUGAGUGGUUUAGCAUCGAAAAGGGUGUUAGGCAGGGUUGCAGGAGAUGGUAACUAGAAUGCAUGGAUCUUUUGAAAGGAAAGGAAUGAAAAUAAAUGUAAGUAAGACGAAAGUUAUGGUAUUUGAAAAGGAGGAAUAUAUGACAAACUGUGAAAUUUUGAUUGGUCAAGAAAGAGUAGAACAAGUGAAAGAGUUUGUGUAUCUGGGAACAUUAUUCACUAGGAACGGUAAGCAUGAUAAAGAUAUUGAAAGGAGAGUGAGUGCUGGAAAUCGCGUGAAUGGGGCACUUAACGCUUUUAUGAGCAGCCAGAAGGUGUCGCAAAAGGCACGGUUGGCUGUGCAUAGAGGGGUGCUGGUGCCUACACUUAUGUAUGGUAGCGAAAGUUGGGUAUGGCAGAAGAGGCAUCAGAGCCAAGUGAAUGCAGUAGAAAUGAGAGCGUUGAGAAGUGUGUGUGGUGUGAGAUUACAAGAUAGAAUUAGGAACAGUGUGAUAAGGGAAAAGUGUGGACUGAGCGAAGAUGUAGUGACAAAAAUUGAGAAAGGUAUGUUGAGAUGGUUUGGACACGUGGAAAGAAUGAGUGAAAGAAGGCUAACAAAGAGAGUGUAUAAGGGAGAGGUAGAAACGGGAGUUGGAAGGGGCAGACCUCGGCGGACUUUCUCUGAUCAGAUCGGGGAAAUCCUGAAGAAAGGCCAGGUCAAGAGCACCCUAAACCGGCGAGCGUGUAUGAGGAAUGUUAUGAAAGUGAAGGAAGCGAAAGAGGUAUGUCAGGAUCGUAGCAAGUGGAAAUCCGUGGUCUCUGCCUACCCCUCCGGGAAAUAGGCGUGAAUAUAUGUAUGUA